ACUUUCACAAUUCACAGGUCGUGGAAAAAUGGCGACAUCCAGUCAGCAGCACUGCUUCGUCUGCGGGUUAUCCAACGUCGCCUCGGAAUCGCAGCCCCGUCGUCGUUACGCCGAGUUGACGACAAUCUUUAAAACUUUGGUGAUGACGGGGUCCUUUCGCGACACGAUUCCUGCGGAUUACUUGGCGACAAAUGUGGAAACCUGUGCGGUCUGUUUGACUACGAUUAAAGAAGUUUUCGCCCUGCGCCAAGAAAUCGUGGCGCUACAAACGGAACUGGACGGACUGCUGGUCACAGCGAGGAAGAAAUUGACCAGUAACCCGCGCAUAGUUUCUCGACGCGGUAGAAAACGUCUAAAUUCUUUACAACCUUGCACAAACCAACCCCCACCACCAGAGGAAGAGGAGGAAGUAUUUUUCCAAAUAAAAGAAGAGUUCCCCGAUUUACCAGACUUUUCCGAAAUAAUUCCAGAAUCUUUCGAAAUUGAGCCAUCCCUGAAAACUCCCACCAAAAACGACGAGCAAGAACAAGAACUUGACUACUUCUCCCCAGAAUCUCAAUUUGACGAGACCGGAAGCGAUUACAGUCCGGAAACCGGAAACAAUGAGGCUCUAAUUUGUUCAAAAUGUGGAAAAGUAUUUCGCUGCAGGCAACACUUGAUCCGACAUGAAGUUGAAGUUUGCAAAAUUCCCUUUGAUCAGAGCCGAACAAAUAUUAAAUUCCAUUCUUGUCACGAAUGUGACCGUCAUUUUAGCAGCAAGACGCACCUUGCUAGACAUCUCCAUAGAAUACACAACUUGGAAAUACCUCUGACGACGCAUGAGACGGAAAAGGACCCCACAAAUUUAUCCUGUUCCAAAUGUGGGAAAACUUUUACCACACGACCGCACGUCAUUCGCCAUGAGGUCGAAGUUUGCAAACUUCCCGUUCCCGUCGAUCCGAACCUUACGAGACUUAAGUUUCACCCGUGUGAUCAGUGCGAUCGCAAAUAUACCAGUAAAACCCAGCUAGCGAGGCAUAUUAACAGUUUCCACAAUUUGGACGAAGAGGCCAGUGAAUCCGGACUCGAUUCGUCCCAGGGAAGUUCCCUCCUCCCACCAAAAUUGGAUAGUGACAUUAACCACGUGCCAGAUUCUGUCCCCAUUUCCCCCCAAAUUCCACAUCCCCUUGGAAAUUCUCAUCCAUGCUCAAAGUGUGGAAAAGUUCUGAGCAAAUAUUCGCUCCGAAUUUCGCACGAAGUCACCGUCUGCAAAAUUCCCUACACGGACGCCGACUUGGCCCGCAUGGGGCUCCGAUUCCACCGAUGUGACCAGUGCGAAAGACAGUUCAUCAAUAAGAACGAUCUCGUCAAACACACCAACAUGCACAACGGACUAAAACCUUAUCAAUGCGAAGCUUGCGGAAAAUCGUACUCUCAAUCUUCCCAGCUCUCGACCCACCGAAAGAUGCAUUGUAACACGUCAAAAAACAUGAAAAAGCAAAAACUACAAAAAAACAUGUUGAAAUACUAAAAAAUUUGUUAUCUUCGAACUGAAUAACAUUUUCUUUCCACUUUA